AUGCCGGUGCACGUCAGCCUCGUCGUGCCGCAGGGCACGACCGCCGGGCAGCAGAUCAGCUUCGUGCACACCGACGGGCGGAACGUCUCGCUCAUCCUCCCCGCUGGCGUCGUCCCCGGGCAGAUGCUGCACGUCAACGUUCCGGACGACGCGGCGGCGCCAACGCCUCAGGCGCAGCAGCAGCAGCAGCAGCAGGCCGCGGGCUCGUCGCAGCCGCCUCCCUCGAAGCGGCAGAAGUCGAAGAAGGAGCUGGCGGCGGAUGACGGCAUGUCGCUCUGGCCGCUCUCGGAGAGGCGCGACCCGGCGGUGUGGCGCGCGCUCUCGGGCCUGAGUGCGACGCACGGCGCAUGGUUGGGGCGCGGGCGCGAUGCGUCGCAGGGCACGUACGACUCGCUGCGGCUCGCUUGCGCGUGGCGCAUAGAGAAUCCGCGCCGGAGCGCGCGCGUCGAGGGCGGCACGCGCUGCAUGUCGGACGAGCUCGACUGCCUGAAGCGCAAGGGAGGUGUCGCGCGCGAGGUGUGGCGCGACAUGAUGACCUCGAGCACGGCGGCGGCGCUCGAGGCGCAGGGCAAGCUGCAGCUGCGCACCGAGCUGAACGAGGUGCUGCUGCUGCACGGCAUCCCACGGAGCUCGCUGCUCACCGUACUCGCUAACGGCCUCAACGAGCGCUUCAGCGGCACGCACGCGGGCGCCGCGUUUGGGAAUGGCGCAUACCUAGCGGAGGAUCUUGGCAAGGCGGACCAGUACGUCGACGCCGACGCCAACUAUGACCCGGCGAGCGACCUUCACCAGCGGCUCUACGGCCGGUCGUACCGCCACCCGGGCACCGCCUUGCACUAUGCGCUCGUGUGCCGCGUCGCGCUCGGCCACCCGAUCCGGACCAAGGACGCGGGAGCGCUGGCGAGGUCUUGCGACGAUCCGAACGAGCGCGUCUUCCCCGUGAACGUGCGCGAGCUUGCCCCCGUGCCCAACUUGGCGCCGCCGAUGCACUACCACUCGCUCAUCGCGGAGAAGGGGCCGGGCCACGACCGGUACCGCGAGUUUGUCAUCUUCCACGCGAGCGACUACAUCUGCCCAGAGUACCUGAUCGCGUAUCAUCGCGAGAAUUCGUCUGCGCAGGCCUCUAGGGGCCCGAGCCGCUAG